UUGAACACAUGGGUGUGGUUGUAGAAAUACAACAAUUGGAUCAUUCAGAUACUGGUGGUGAUGGUUGGUCAAUGAAAAUUGGGGACGCUAAACUCGUACUUGUUGAUUGUAGACUUGGUGAUAGCAUUAGUGUCAAUGGUACAAGCUCUUUUCACCAAUAUGAUCAAGAAAAAAAAAAGAUUUUAUGGAUUUUUAUCUGA